AUGCUGCCGGAGCACGAGAACAUUUAUACGAUUCCGAAUAUGCUGACGAUGACGAGGCUCAUCAGUGCCCCAGUGAUUGGCUUUCUCAUACUGAAGCACAAGAUUUGGCUAAGCUUUGGGCUGUUCGCCUACUCCUCGGUCACAGACUUCAUAGAUGGGUACAUUGCACGGAAGUACAACAUGAAGUCGGUUGUCGGCUCAGUCAUUGACCCGAUGGCUGAUAAGAUGCUCAUGGUGAUCUGCACAGGAUGUCUUGCGAUGAUUGGACAGAUGCCCAUGUACUUGGCCGUCAUAAUCCUCGGAAGAGACGGGCUAUUGGCACUGUCUGCCAUAUACUACCGUUAUAUAUCACUGCCACCUCCAAAGACGUUUGCAAGAUACUGGGACUUUAGCAUUCCAAGUGCCCAGGUCUAUCCUACAACGAUUUCCAAGUACAACACUCUCUUUCAAAUGGUUUACGUUGCAGGAGAGGUCAUCAGGCCAGCAAUGAUCACACUUGUUGAUCCUCAAGUGAUACCCAUGGUUGAUACCGGGUUCCAAUGCUUUGGUGCCUUUGUAGGAUUGACGACGAUCUUGAGUGGACUGAGCUACGUUUUCAGUAAAGAUGCUGUGAAGAUCUUGACAAAGAAGUGA